CAUGACUAGUGUUCUCGUUCUUCUUUCACAAGUAAUAUGAUUGUUGUAUCAACAGUACUGUCUGGUGAGCACAAUAGUGACCAGGUGGCCGGUAAUAAGGCAUCAAGAGCUGGAAUGCUGUCGGAGUGGAAUGACAUCGCUGAGGUGUGUCAGGUGAAAGCUUUCUGGUGAAAAUCACAUUCACACUUGAUGGAAAGUUCCUCAUGCAUUUCUGGAUUGACAAGCGCAGCCAGACGUGUGGGUAUAACGGGCGGCGCUCACUGCCUAUGGGCUGUGGGACAAGACGGCCCCGCUGCAAGCCCAUGGUUACACCUGUCCACCGGUUUACACCAAUUGACUGUGGGCGGCGUAGCCAGCUGUCAGUGCCGCCCACAUUCGGUUCAUCCUCUGGCUCCCACCGACAGCCUGGGCCUCAUGCAGUUGAGGUGGACAGUAGUGUCUUCCUAGACUUACCACUGGAACCAGCAACUGAAGCCACUGUCCACAGUAUAGCUCAACAACAGCUGCUGCCUGUAGGUCGUGUUAGGUGUGGCAUGUGGGCAUCAUUUGCACUUGCCACAGUUUUUGUGGCAGGAGCAAAAUUCUAUUUUGAUCAUGAGGGAGUACAUGGUACUGGGCUGGAGGUGUUGGUGUUCUGUUCGUUGUUGGUUGUGUUCCUGCUCGCAGGUUGUACUGUGUCAUUGUGUCGAUCAAGAGUGACCCGGGAAUUACUUUCAGCUGCAGUAGCAUCAAGUGCUGUUCAUGUCCAAUCUGCCCAAGCUGUAGCAACUUCUUCAUCAGCAACACCUGUCCACCAGACUCGUGAACGUCCUGUUGAAACAACGAGUGUGACAGUUCAGCAAGAAGUGGCUGAAAGGCAAGUGGUUGCCUUACCUUCGUCAAAUACAGCUCAAGUUCCCGAACCACCUCCUCCACCCUACCAUGUCGCAGUUCUGCUACCGGUUCAGCAGAGACCACAUCCACCUGGUGAUGAGUCGCCUCCACCCUCAUAUGAGAAGGCUGUAAGCUAAAAAUGAACCUGUGAACUUCUAAAUCAGAAGCUUGAGUCAUUCCUCUUCGUGCAAUGAGUCAUCAUAGUACUGAUAUCGUGAUAUAGUUUACUUUGAGAGAAUGCUUUGAUUUUCUCAUCUAUAGACUUCCAUGAAAUGAGAGAAUCUCUUGUUGGCUAAAAUAAUGUGGCUGGAAAUAUUCUGAAUUUUCUACCUGUUUGACAAAUAUUUUUAUGCAUCGUCAAGAGAAAUAAUUUGCAUCAACACAGGAAGAAGUUUUGCGAAUUGUUUGUGUCUUGUGCAGUAAAACUGAUAGCUAAGAUUGUAUUUGAUAAGCUAACUGUCUGUUGACUCAUUUUGUACCUCAUUCUCAGUGUAGAUUUGCAUAUUUGAGAGUACCAGUAUACAGAAUGACUAUAAUGGAAAGAUGGGAACUAUCACUCUGACGAGUUCCCUCAUGCUUUUCAUUUAAAUGAUUGUUAUUGCACAAGUAUUAUUUACUUAUUCCAGUCUCUCAUGUCCAUGACAGAAGUUUCCUGUGUUCAGACACUAGCCUUUCUUUCAAAUUUUCACUUGUCAGUGUAUACAUUCUUGUGCAUGACUUGACUAUUCUUAUGCAUUUAAAAACAUCAUGUGUAUUACAAAUAUUAAGCUUGAUUCUGUUCUGUGAACAGUUACAUAUAUAUUAUUAUUUACAGUUAAGUGGCAAAACAUAAAAAUAAAACAAAAGAAAAUGAGUUGUAAUGCCAAAGAAAUGGGCGCAUUUCCUCUAUUUUAUAAUUAGCACCAAGUAAUUUGUGAAAAACUUAAGGCUAUUUCAUUUUGAUUGUUGAUAGCAUGCAAGAAUGUUUGAAUAUGCAAAUUAAAAUACUCUAAAUUUGUGUAUAGCUGUUGUGGGAAAAUUUGUGAAAUGGAAUUAUUUACCUGAAAUGAAAGAAGAGAGAUUUUUUGUGGUUAAGUGCAAUUUAUUUUUUUGGCAAGAACAGAAAUAGUUAAUAUUAUCU